GUAACAUGCUUGAGGUUUCAGUUUUUUUUUUUAGAGUGGCUAAACUCUACUGUAGUGUAGAAGCUAGGUGCGCACACAGGAAGUUUUCGUCUAAAGAACUAAGCAGCAUGAAUAGCUUAAUAAGAAACACUUCUAGGUGUCUGAGGCUAGGAGCGGCUUGCUCUCUACCCCGACAAGCCGAAGGACGCGUGUGGGUCGCCUCUACCCGGCGUUUCUGCGCUGCGUCGGACCUCCAAAAAGACCUUGGCGACAUGGUGAAGAAGGACAAGGUGGUGGUUUUUAUGAAAGGGACACCGGCUCAGCCCAUGUGUGGUUUUAGUAACGCCGUGGUCCAGAUUCUACGAAUGCACGGGGUGGACGAUUACGCAGCGUACAACGUCUUGGCGGACGAGGCGCUCAGAGAAGGAGUGAAGGUGUUCUCCAACUGGCCGACGAUCCCUCAGGUGUACUUCAACGGAGAGUUUGUGGGCGGCUGCGACAUCCUCCUCCAGAUGCACCAGAAUGGGGAUCUUGUGGAGGAGUUAAAGAAGCUGGGUGUCCAGUCUGCACUACUGGACGAUGAGAAAGACUCCAAGUAGACAGGAUGAAGAUGAACUUCAAUAUGCUUAAAAAAAAAAAACAGGACACAUUUACUCGGUUGCAUUUUACACGUUGCACUCUCUAGACAAAAUUGACUCUUCUGCCAAUGUAGAUGUGAUCAAGGGCCGCAAGUACGAGCAGUUUAGGAGACAGCGCAAUGCACUAACGUCUGAGCUUUCCUGACGUCAGACCUGGAUUUAUAUUUUUUUUCCAAAAGAAAAGAGCACAUGACAUCAGUUUCCUGAGAGUCAUCUACACUGUGCGAUUCUCCUCUGCCAUUGUAGCUGUAAUACUUAAAUGACUCCUCAGGAUGACUUCACACUUUUCAAGUUGGACCAGAAUGCAAUGUUAUUGCAGUAAACAACAUCCAUAUACACCUGUAGAAGGCUCAAUUCUGUCUUGAAUUGUUGUAUUAAAUAAAGUCCAUAUGGCUAAGUAGGUUUUACAAUGUCAGUGCUUGGGACAAUGUUGAUGUGACCUAAGUCUUGUGUUUUUUUUCUUGUUUUUUUAUACACAUGAAAUGGGCAGUUUUUAAAGUGGGGGCGCUGAAAUGCAUUUUUUAAAAAUACAAUCCAUAGUAUAAUCUUUGAACACAUUCAGUGCCAUUGACGGCAAUAGACGUCCAUUUUAACUGAGGGAGUAGCAGCAAUCCAGAUCGGACAUCUAUUGCCUUUAAUAGAAGCCAUUGAGUUAAUAAUUUGGGGUAUUUUCAAACAUUGAUGUUUGUCAGCUAAAUGCUUAGAAUUUGUCGACUGUCAAUCACUGUAGCUUAUUUUCUGCCCAACACCUGUAUUAUCACAGCAAAUGUACAUUGUAAUAUAUUGUACAUUCAUAAAAAUGAAUAAAUGUAUUUUAGUUGCAUGCUCACUGAGUGACAAAUAAAAUAUCAAGUGACAAAA